AUGGCUGGUUCCGGUGAAAGCUCUCAACGAAAUUCUGGCGAAGACCCAAACUCGAAAAUGCUCUUAUCUGCAGUGGCUAAAUUAGAUCAGAAAUUCGACACCCUUUCUAAUGAGAUUCGGCAACUCUGUGCUGCAAUACAUUCUGGUCUGACGUUGAAAACUGGAGCUGCUGGUUCUCAUCUCCCAGAGCACUCCGGCGACCGAUCUGCAGCAACACAGAUGCCACAGACGCCCAUUCCUUUGGCACACCCAGCAGAUCCACACCUCCAAGAUUCGCCUCCUCCUCGAAUUCCCAGAACUCAACACCGACAAUUUCUGGAUGUUCAGCAACGUAUUCCACUCUCAAUCGACUCGGACUCGGAAGAUGAGAUGGAGACAAUGGCUAUGAAUCGAGCCCCUCAAGCUGGUCCUCACAGGUAUGCUCGAGACCACCAACCUUCAGACUACCGAAUUAAAGUAGAUAUUCCAAAUUUUGAUGGGUCUCUGAAUAUUGAGGAUUUUCUUGAUUGGGUACAAACUGUUGAGUCUUUCUUUGAGUAUAUGUCCAUACCGGAGGAUAAACAGGUUCGUUUGGUAGCUUACAAAUUCCGUGGGGGAGCCUCGGCAUGGUGGGAACAGGUUUUGAGUAAUAGACGAAAACAAGGAAAGGGUCCGAUACAAUCUUGGUCAAGGCUACGCAGAAUGUUGCGAGCCAGAUUUCUCCCCGUUGAUUUUGAGCAGAUCCUUUACCAGCAGUAUCACCAUUGCCACCAAGGUAACCGUUCUAUUAGUGAGUAUACUGAAGAAUUUUAUAGACUAAGUGCUCGGGUGAACUUGAAUGAAAAUGAAGGACAACUAGUUGCUAGAUAUGUGGCUGGGUUACUUACUCCAAUUCAAGAAAGAAUAGAGCUUAGUCCUGUGUGGAAUCUGAGUGAAGCUGUCAAUUUAGCUUUCAAGAUUGAAAAGCAAAUUGAGAGGCAUGUAACUAAAACACCAGCUAAAUGGAAACCCAUGAGUGAACUGUACCCACCAAAAAUUAAAUCCCUAUCACCAGCAGCCCCUUACCAAAAGACCACCCCUGCUGAUAAUUCCAUGAAAAAUACCAGCAAACCCCAAAACCAACCCAACCGGCCUUCAAAUCCUUAUGCCCGAAACUUUCCACUCAAGUGUUUCAAGUGUGGCCAGCAGGGGCACAAAUCUAAUGAAUGUCCACUGCGAAAACAGAUUAACAUAGUGGAGACUCAAGACGAUUCGGGAGAAGAGUUUGCCACCGUGGGGGAUGAAACCGAGUUGGUGGAUGAAGACCAAGGUGAACCAGUUAUUUGCAUCAUCCAGAAGCUAUUGUUCUCUCCUAAACACCCCAUGGAGCCUCAACGCCAUUCAAUUUUCAAAACCAAAUGUACUAUCAACAAGAAGGUGUGUGAGGUGAUUAUAAACAGCGGGAGCAGCGAGAACAUAGUGUCCAAGUCCUUGGUUAAAGCCUUGAAGCUCCCUACUAUGAGUCACCCGAAUCCUUACAAGGUGGGUUGGAUUAAAAAGGGCAUCGAAACCAAGGUCACUGAGCUGUGUAAAAUUCAUUUCAGUAUAGGAAAACAUUAUGCCAAUGAGGUUGUUUGUGAUGUUGUGGACAUGGAUGCAUGCCAUAUUCUUUUAGGCCGACCUUGGCAGUUCGACAACUCUGUAACGCAUGAUGGUCGACAAAACACACAUUCGUUUCAAUGGAAUGGGAAGAAAAUUGUCCUACUUCCUUCCAAGCCCCAAAAUGACCCUACUUUGCUGCCCACAUCUGGAGUAUCACCAGAACAACUCUCGGGAAAGGGUCCUAUACUUUUAACAACCUCGGGAAAACAUUUUGAACUUCAAGCUAAACACUCACAGAUCUGUUUCGGUAUUGUAGCUUCACUUCAAGCUCCUGCAGAUUCUCAAUUUCCACAACCCAUUCUCCAACUUCUUCAAGAGUUCGCUGAAAUCUGUCCAAGUGAACUUCCGGAUUCCCUACCACCCAUGAGGGACAUCCAACAUGCUAUUGACUUGCUACCCGGGGCCAAACUUCCUAAUCUCCCUCACUACCGAAUGCCACCAAAAGAAGUUCAAAUCCUGCAGCAAAUGGUUGAGGACUUGCUGAAGAAGAACCUUAUCCGAGAAAGCCUAAGUCCUUGUGCAGUACCAGCUCUUCUAGUCCCCAAAAAAAAUGGUGAAUGGAGAAUGUGUAUUGACAGCCAUGCUAUCAAUAAGAUAACUACCAAAUAUCGGUUUCCCAUUCCCCGGUUGGAAGACAUGUUAGACAAAUUAAGUGGGGCUCAAGUGUUCUCUAAGUUGGAUCUUCGCAGCGGCUACCAUCAAAUUCGAAUAAGACCUGGAGAUGAAUGGAAGACCGCCUUCAAGACUCCUACGGGUCUCUACGAGUGGCAGGUCAUGCCCUUCGGGUUAUGCAAUGCACCGAGUACCUUUAUGCGUUUGAUGAACCAAGUUCUACAACCUCUCAUUGGCAUCUGUGUGGUGGUAUAUUUCGACGAUAUUCUUGUGUACAGCCACUCAACCGAAGCCCACAUUGAGCAUGUGCAGCGGGUAUUUGUGAUACUCAAGGAAAACCAUCUGUAUCUGAACCUCAAGAAAUGUGUAUUCAUGACCCCAGAGCUUCUUUUCCUCGGGUUUAUUGUGGGCAAGCAUGGAAUCAAGGCCGACCCUUCAAAGGUAGCUGCAAUCCGUGAUUGGAAAACACCCUCAACAGUCACUGAAGUUCGCAGCUUCCAUGGACUCGCAACUUUCUAUAGACGUUUUGUGCGCAACUUCAGUUCUAUCGCAGGUCCACUAACAGACUGCCUCAAGAAAGGAAAGUUCCAAUGGGGACCUGCUCAGCAGCAAAGCUUUGAAACUUUGAAAAAACAUCUUACUGAGGCACCGGUAUUGGCACUUCCAGAUUUCGACAAAAUCUUCGAAGUCGAAACGGACGCGUCUUCAACGGGCAUAGGAGCUGUCCUUAUGCAAGAACAGCGUGCUAUUGAGUUUUUCAGUGAAAAGUUGUGCCCUGCCCGUCAAUUGUGGUCGGCCUACGAACAAGAAUUAUAUGCUAUCGUGAGAGCUUUCAAGCAUUGGGAACAUUACCUGAUCCAGCGGGAGUUUGUCCUUCAUUGUGACCACCAAGCUUUGCAACAUUUCAGUUCACAAAAGCACAUCAACAAGAUGCACAUCCGAUGGUCACAAUUCCUUCAAAAAUUUCCAUACUCAUUCCACCACAAAGCUGGGAAACACAACCGAGUGGCAGAUGCUCUCAGUCGCAAGGUAUGCCUCUUGAACAAGUUGCAAAUCGAGGUUGUGGGAUUCGACGCUCUCCAAGACUAA